UUUUCUUUAUUAAAAUGUAUAGCGAUGCUUUUUUAAUUAUUUUUAUUGCGUUGUUUACCGCUUUGUUGGGAGAAGGACUUACUUGGUUGCUUGUUUAUAGAUCAGAGGAGUACAAACGUUUAAAAUAUUCAAUGGAAAGAAAAACAAAAAAAUUAGAAAAGAAAAAGGAAACAAUUGGGGCUGUGGAUCAGGGGGUUGGGACUGCAAAUAGUGCUAGCAAAACAACAAAAAGGAAAAUUGAAAGGGAAGAGGAACGUUUAAAGUCUACGAAUAGAGAUCUUUCAAUGUUUCGAAUGAAGUCUAUGAUGGCGAUUGGUUUUGUUUUUACAACUUUAUUGAGCACAUUUUCUAGUAUUUUUGAAGGACGUGUUGUUGCCAAACUUCCAUUUGAGCCUAUUUCCUGGGUCCAGGGUUUAAGUCAUCGAAAUCUUGUUGGUGAGGAUUACACCGAUUGUAGCUUUAUUUUUCUCUAUAUUUUGUGUACAAUGACUUUACGCCAAAAUUUACAAAAAAUGCUUGGGUUUGCCCCAUCACGAACUCUCAGCCGUCAAAAUCAGGGUGGAUUCUUUGGGCAAAGUUCUCAAUCCAAUCAACUCUUUCGGUGA